GUUGUCAGCGCCCUUGGUUACCUCUCCCCCAUAAUGCAUCACGUCUAGGAGAGCUUUCGAGGUGCACUGAGACAUAGAAAAAUCAACUUUGAACCGUAAACCUAAUGGAGAGGGAAGCGCAUAAUUCCGUGGUCUUCAGUGCUUCAAAAAGAGAACUUUUUAACACCAGCAAUGGAUACAAAUCAAUGCAAAAGAAACUACGGACGCAAUGUAAAAUUCAGAGUAUGAAAGAAGAGCUGUCUUUGGAGAAGCUGAAGGGUGUCAAGUUGUGGAUAACUGCAGGCCCAAGGGAAAAGUUCACAGCUUCAGAGCUGGAGGCACUGAAGCACUACCUGGAUGGAGGAGGAAACAUCCUGGUCAUGCUUGGUGAAGGGGGAGAAAUUAAAUAUGACACAAAUAUCAACUUCCUUCUGGAGGAGUUUGGAAUAAUGGUUAACAAUGAUGCUGUUGUGAGGAAUGUGUAUUACAGAUACUUCCAUCCUAAGGAGGCGCUUGUGUCCAAUGGUGUAUUGAAUAGAGAGAUCAGUCGGGCUGCUGGCAAAGUGGUCACAGGAAUCAUUGAAGAUGAAAAUGUUGGAAACAAUACAGAGGCUCUCACAUUUGUGUACCCAUAUGGUGCCACAUUGAGUGUGAUGAAGCCUGCUGUGGCUGUUCUUUCAACUGGCUCAGUCUGCUUCCCCCUCAAUAGGCCCGUUUUGGCCUUCUAUCAAGGAAAGGAGGCUGGCAAGCUGGUCGUGCUGGGUUCCUGCCACAUGUUCAGUGACCAAUACAUAGACAAAGAGGAGAACAAUAAAAUCAUGGAUGUUGUGCUUCAGUGGCUCAUGACUGAUAAUAUUCAGCUGAACCAGAUUGAUGCAGAGGACCCAGAGAUAACAGAUUACACCAUGUUGCCAGACACAGGGUGCUUGUCAGAACAGCUCAGAGUGUGCUUACAGGAGGGUGAUGAAAACCCCAGGGAUUUCACCUCUCUCUUUGACAUGUCUUUGUUCAAUUUGUCAACUGACACUUUACCCCAAGUCAUCAGUGCUUACAAGCAGCUUAAUGUCAAGGAUGAGCCACUUCAGCUGAUCACGCCACAGUUUGAGGCCCCUCUGCCUCAGCUUCAACCUGCUGUCUUUCCACCUGCCUUGGGUGAUUUACCUCCACCCAUGCUGGACCUGUUUGAUCUAGAUGAAACAUUCUCUUCUGAGAAAGUGCGCUUAGCACAGUUAACUAAUAAAUGUACAGAAGAUGAUCUUGAAUUCUAUGUGCGGAAAUGUGGUGAAAUUCUGGGAGUGACUCCAAAAUUGGAUAAAGAUCAGAGGGAUGCCAAGCACAUCUUGGAACACAUUUUCUUUCAGGUUGUAGAGUUCAAGAAACUCAAUCAGGAGCAGGACAUUGACAACGAGGCACGUUUUACCUCAUUGUGACUGGAUUCAAGCAACAUGUGUAACAUUUUCAACUCUGCUUUUUUGAUAUACUUUAACUGGACCAUGACCAAGCAGAUGUGAUUACCUCCUCCUUUACUAGAGUGCAAAGAGACUGUUGUAGUAGUUGUGGACUUAGCAGCAUCAAGUUGUGUUUAAACUGUAUAUGAAGUUAUUAAUCUUUUUAUACCCCUUUUGUAUGUCCUUGUAGGAAAAUGUAAUAUUGUUUUAUUAAAAAAAAAAAAAAAAAAAAAAAAAA